AUGGAUUUGAAGCCAUCCAAGCUAGGGACGAAAGACUACUGGCAGGACUUUUACAAAGUCGAAAUCCGGAACUUUCAGGAGAACCCCAGCGACACGGGCGAGUGCUGGUUCGACGACUCGGGCGCCCAGGACCAGAUCGUGCGGUACGUUGCCGAUACGUUUGCCGGACAAGACGUCGAGGUGCUUGAUCUGGGCACAGGCAACGGCCGCCUGCUGUUUGGAUUGCGGGACGAGGACGUCGAGGGCAAGUUUUUGGGUAUCGACUAUGUUGCGACUUCUGUUGAGCUGGCUCAGCAGGUGGCAGAUGCUGAGGGGUACGACGUUGAAUUUCAGCAGGUCGAUUUCCUCAAGUCGAGUGCAUGGACCGAUCGCCGGUUCGAUAUUGUGCUGGACAAGGGAACCCUGGACGCGAUUGCCCUGAGCGUCAGUUCUGACGACAAAACGGGGCCCCAGCUCUUGCGAAAUUAA